AUGCCACGUCUAUCUCUUCCACUGCUCUUCGCAGUCCUACUCUCCACCCUCUUCCUCCUCGCCUCAGCCGAACCCAUCCGACUCUCCUCUCCCAACCACGAACACCACAUAGGCACAACGGUCCCUCACAUUCCCGCCCACCUUGCAUCCCGCUCUUCCUCUCGCAUUCCCUCUUCCCCCCGGAAACUUGAGAAACGACGUCACCUUCAGAAAAACAAAACAAAACCCAACUCGCCUUCUUCCACAGAGAUCUCGGAUGGAAAACUAACCUACUACUCCGGCUCUCAACUUCUCAACCCCGCCUGCCCCGGAGCACCCGCUCCAAAAGAUGGCAGUAUGAUUGCUGCUAUCAGCUUCGACUCUCCUUUCAAGUGCGGAGAUAGGAUCAGGAUCCAAGAUGGUCGGGGGAAGGAGGUGGUUGUUACAGCGGUGGAUAGGUGUGCAGGGUGUAAACGUCAUUCGAUUGAUGUCACUAAGGGAGUGUUUAGUCUUUUUAGCCCGUUGGACAAAGGCGUUUUGGAGGGAAUGAAGCUUAGCAAGGCAUAG